CAGCUGCUCCUAUUUUCUGCUGUCGCUUUUGGCGCUCGGCCAUCCAGAAACAAACCACUUCGAUGACUCCUAAUAGUUAUCGCCAGAUGUACUAAUACACAACAAAUCACGGUCCGGGAGAGGGGGAGAGCAAAUGAGUUCCUAUUUUGUGAAUCCCACUUUCCCGGGGAGCCUGCCCGGGGGCCAGGACUCCUUCCUCGGGCAGAUCCCCCUAUACCCGACGGGCUAUGAUGCUCUCAGGCAUUUUCCGGCUUCGUACGGGGCAAGCAGCCUGCAGGACAAGACUUACACCUCACCUUGUUUCUACCAACAGUCCAACACCGUCAUUGCUUGCAGUCGGGCUUCCUAUGAGUACGGAGCCUCUUGUUUUUAUUCGGACAAGGACAUUAGUAGCGCCUCUCCUUCCGGCAGUGGCAAACAGAGGGGGCCCGGGGACUACCUGCACUUUUCUCCCGAUCAACAGUACAAAACCAGCGGCGGCCAAGCCAAAAUUAUAAAUGACGAAGGCACCGACCGGAAGUACACGAGCCCUGUUUACCCCUGGAUGCAGCGGAUGAACUCCUGCGCUGGUACAGUAUAUGGAACACAUGGGAGACGAGGGAGGCAAACUUACACCAGAUACCAAACGCUAGAGUUAGAGAAGGAAUUUCAUUUUAACAGAUACUUAACCCGAAGACGACGUAUUGAGAUUGCAAACGCUCUCUGCCUUACUGAACGCCAGAUUAAAAUAUGGUUUCAAAACAGGCGGAUGAAAUGGAAAAAGGAAAACAAAUUCAUAAAUUCCACACAGCCCAGCAGCGAAGAAACAGAGGAAAAGUCAGGGGAGUAGAACCACGUUUAAUAAACGCUACCAGGCCUUUCCUUAGCGCUUACUACUACUAUUAUUAUUAUUAUUUACCUUGUGUUCCUUCUGCUACUGAAAUCCUAUAGGUUUGUCACAGUCUAUUAAUCCCCAAAAGGCUUGGUUAAAAGAUGUAUAUUUGCAAUCAUCUGUGACUUACUCUAAUAUAUGUGGAAGCCCCAGCUUUCGAGCUACAGGCAUGUAUGUAUGUAACCACCUUCCUAAAGCGUAUAUGGCGUCGGUUAAAGCAUUAGAGAAUUGGCCCAGAAUUUUAAAUGUUUGAGAUUAGCAUCUCAAAUGGGUGAGUGGGUGGGUGUCCCUGGUGUGCUUGUGUGAGAAAAGAUAAGCAAAUUAUUUUUUAUCUUUUUUUCUUUUUAAUUAGAAAUGCUUAUAUUGUAGAAAGACAAGAGAUUUUAGAAAAUAUUUGGUUUAUGUUUUUGCUAGCUCCCGUUACGGCGGGCCAUCUUGUUAUUCUGUGUUUAGGAGUUUAUGAUCUGCAGGGGAGAAAAAAGUUUUAGUCAUGUAUAAGAUAUUUAAAUAGCAAAAGGAAGAAAAUUUCUUUAAAAAAACAUUGUAUGAAUCCCUGUGUAUAAACUUUCAGUUAAAGCAAAGAUGAAUUGCAGGGAGAUUUUUUUUUUUUUUUAAUGCCGCUAAACUGCUUAGUCUGCACUAUAGUAUUAAAGUAAAAACUCGGCGUUAAACUUCAGGGGAAGCGAGGGAAGAGGUUUUGAAGAGGGCAAUUUUCUAUGGUUCCCGUUGAGCUUACGCUAAGGUUUUGGUGAGCUCAGCUCUGCACUGAAGGGGCUUUGAAUUAUGGACUACAUUUCUUGGAGCUUCGUGAGCUUAGAUCGAUCUUUUUUCCUUUUAUCUUUCUUUCUUUCUCUCUUUCUUUCUUCCUUCCUUCCUCCCUUCCUUCCUUCCUUCCUCUCUUUCUUAUUCGAAGAAAAGAUCUUAUUAACUUGGGGAUUUUCUUUCCUGCUUCUGCGGUAUCUUAAUUCACAUUCGCAUUACUUAGCACUGGAAAAAAAUAAAUUGGUACUUUGAAGAAAAA